AUGUGGAAAACAAUAAACAAUCUGUUAGGACGCUCAAAUUGUCCAAUACCAACUUAUGCAGAGAGUAACGGUGAAAUUUACACAAAACCUAAAGAUAUUGCCAAUCAUUUCGCAAAGUUCUUUAAUGAAAAAAUAAAGAAAUAUAGAUUUGAGAUGUCCAACCCGAUAGAUACGGAGUAUGUAACUAAAUCAAUUACCGAAAUAAUGACUGGAAAAAACUGUCGGUUUGAGUUCUCAUCUUUAAGUCUUUUAGAAGUUCACAGCUGCCUUGCUAAGCUUCCAGAUACUAAAGUGACAGGCGUAGACGGCAUUGAUAAUUUUUUACUUCGAAUUGCGUCGAAUAUCAUUGCGGAACCUAUUAGAUACAUUUUUAACUGUUCAUAUGCGAAGUCAAUAUUUCCUGAUCAAUGGAAAGUAGCUAAACUACACCCGAUUCCCAAAGAUAAGAAACAGCCUUUUGAAGAUAUAAAUAGUCGACCCAUCAGUCUUCUAAAUGUAUUAAGUAAACUGCACGAAAAAUUUGCGCAUAAACAAAUCUGUCACUAUGUCUCCGAACAUAACUUAAUGCUCAAGAAUCAACAUGCAAAUAGAAUCAAUCAUAGCACUGAAUCAGCACUUUUACAUCUGACUGACAGUUGCCUUGACAACAUGGAGAAUGGUAUGCUUACUGGUGCUGCUUUGUUGGACUUUUCAGCUGCUUUCGACCUGAUUGAUCAUAAUUUGCUGCUUCUGAAAUUGAAAUGUUAUAACUUUUCAGAUAAUGCGAUUAACUGGAUCAAGUCGUAUUUAAGUGAGAGAACCUCAACCGUAUAUAUCAAUGGUGCUUUUUCUAAUCCGAUCGAGAUGACUUGUGGGGUGCCACAGGGUAGUUGUCUUGGCCCACUGCUCUUCAGUUUGUUUGUUAAUGAUUUACCAACAGUCUUAACUACAGCUGAUAUCACCUUGUACGCCGAUGAUAGCACUCCGUUCCACUCUGGACAUAACGCCAGACUCAUAUCAGAUAAACUUCAACUUGACUUAUCUAAAGUUGAAUUAUGGGUCUCGAAGAAUCGUCUUGUUCUUAAUGCUGAUAAAACAAAUAGUAUCCUUAUUGGAAGUCGGCAGAAGAUUAAAUCAGCUCCAUCGCUUAACUUAUCCAUUAAAGAUAAAAUCAAUGAACAACUUCCAUGUGUAAAACGCCUUGGCGUCCAGGUUGACGAGAACUUAAGUUGGAAGCAGCAUUGUGAAGAUCUACUUAAAGAUUGUUCCAAAGCUCUUGGCUUACUGUUCAAGUUCAGCAGAUAUAUUCCAUCAAAAGUUUUAAAGAUUAUCGCUGAGGCACUCAUACUGUCGAAAUUGAACUAUUGUUGUACGGUUUGGGGAUCUGCGCAAAAUCAAGAGUCGAUUAAUAAUUUACAAAAACUUCAGAACAAGGCCGCCAGAUUGAUCCUAGGAUAUAAGGUUGAUGAAAUAUCUAGGGAAAAUCUCCAUGAUGAAAUAGGUUGGUUAACAGUGAGACAAAGGAUUCAUGUCAGAACCUUAAUGGUAUUGCAUAAUGUACUUUAUUCUGGUGAACCAAAUGCAAUUUACGUGAAUUUUAAACCAUUUGAAAUUACUCAUGAACACAAUACUAGAUUUUCGUCGAGGUGUCGAAGUGAUAAUAUGUUGUUAGAGAAACCUAUGUUAAAAAAGAAAACCUUUUUAGCUCGGGCUUUUAGGACCAGAGCUAUCCGUCUAUGGAACAAUUUAGACUAUACUAUAAAAAUCAUAUCUUCCAAAUCCAUGUUUAAGUCUGCUGUUCUUAAACAGCUAGACUGGUUCAUAUAA